AUGCCCCAGCUGCUGGCUCGCGAAGUCCGUCAGCUGCUGCACAACAAGUUCGUGGUGGUGCUGGGCGACUCGGUGCAGCGCGCCGUGUACAAGGACCUGGUGCUGCUGCUGCAGAGGGACUGCCUGCUGUCGUCCAGGCAGCUCAAGGCCAAGGGCGAGCCGAGCUUCGAGCGCGACGUGCUGCUGGAGGGCGGGCGGCCGCACAACGGCACGCGCUACCGCGAGGUGCGCCAGUUCUGCACCGGGCACCACCUGGUGCGCUUCUACUUCCUCACGCGCGCCUACUCGCGCUACGUGGAGGGCGUGCUGGCGCAGCUGCGCUGGGGCGACUACGCCCCGGACCUCGUGGUCCUGAACUCGUGCCUCUGGGACCUGUCCCGCUACCGACGCGACUUCCGGACGAGCUACCCGCACGACCUGCAGCGGCUCUUCGCGCGUCUGCACCAGGUGCUGCCCGAGUCCUGUCUCGUGGUGUGGAACACCGCCAUGCCCGUGGCCCGGGUCGUCACCGGAGGCUUCCUCCCGCCGGGAGACGCGUCCGGGGCCGCGCACCUGCGGGAGGACGUGAUGGAGGCCAACUUCUACAGCUCCGUGGAGGCGGCGCGGCGCGGCUUCGACGUGCUCGACCUGCACUUCCACUUCCGCCACGCGGGCCAGCACCGGCUGCACGACGGCGUGCACUGGGACCGGCGCGUGCACCGCUGCCUCUCGCAGCUGCUGCUGGCCCACGUGGCGGACGCCUGGGGCGUGCUCCUGCCCGGCCGCCACCCGGUGGGCAGAUGGCUCAGGGAUGUCCCCCCCGCUGCUGCUACCGUGACCGAGGGACGCCCAGGUUCCGCGCGCGACGGCCAGGCCCCGCACGAACCGGGUGACGCACGAGAACCGGCUGCGCCCAGGUCCCGGACGCCGCCGCCGCCGCCUGCUCGCGGCCGCAAUCGGCGAUCGUCUUCCCGGGGCCGAAACCCGCCUCCGCCCUAUAGCCGAGACGCGCGUCCGUCUCCGGCCCCGCCCGUAAGGCGCGCGGCGGAGUAUCCCGCAGACGCGGGCACCGUGAAUCCCGAGCAGGGCCCGGGCCCCAUCCGCAGGGCCUCGGCCCGCCACCCCCAGGCGUCGCCUCCGUACCCACCCCAGCGCCCCCGUGAGCCCCCCAGGUUGCGCGGAAGGCCCACUGCGCACCGCAACUGA